AUGGGCUGGUUAACGGAGUAUGUAUCAGACUCUACCAACGUGAAGAAGGUCUGCACAUACCGAGACGCCAUCAUUGUGCGGAUGAAUCCCUACAUGCAGUAUAUCCUUAUCGUUGCAAACGGUUUCCAGCAGAGCAAUAUAGCGGCAGCCACGUUCAACGCUGCUUCUGCCCUCUUGCUUUUCUUAAUUGUGCGGUACAGUCCUAGUAAUGCACUGUUCAACAUACUGACAGGAUACGUAUUAAUCUAUACCCUGCGGGUUACAAACGAGCUCCCGUACACCCGUUCCCUACUCAGUGAGCCCGUGCGCAACAUUACGCAGCGCGAUGAUGCUGUAGAAUACCUUUUCUCAUUCUUGGCUAUCGUCAGUGAUAGAGUAGAUUCGCUCGGAAUCUUCCACCGCCCCACAAAUAUUCUUGCGAUUUUUCUGGCAAUAGGUGUUAUGUCUCUAUACAUAAGCAUACAUAUCCCUGUGUGUGUUGUGUGUCUUUCCUUUGCCAUCUUUCCGUUUAUCAGGCCCCUGUUGUACGAGCAUUGUGCCUGGUUUAAAGAUGUCCAGGCAGCAGUUGAAACAGUGACAAAGUAUGUGUACGAGGAGUACAGCAACCUAGCUAUUUCUGACGUGGCUGAUUCAUUACGUCUUGACGGUAUGUAA